AUGGGAGAAGGCAGAGAAAUAUGAUUCAUGGUGUUGAUGACAAAGGAACCUGGAUUGAUGAUCCUGAUCAAGUCAAGUUAAUCAUCUUGGACCACUUUAAAAAUCAAUUUUCCUCCCAACCUCAAAACCGACCAUCCUUGGAGCAUAUGUUCUCUAACCGCUUAUCUAGAAACGACAGAGAAAUGUUGGAGGCUGAGUUUACUAAUGAGGAAAUCAAAGAAGCAGUCUUCUCUUGUGCAAGUGACAAAGCCCCUGGACCUGACGGUUUCAACUUCCACUUUAUAAAGUCUGUAUGGAGCACUAUUGAAGGAGAUAUCACUAACUUCAUCAAAGAAUUUCACAAGUAUGGAAGGUUGGUCAGAGGUAUCAAUGCUUCAUAUAUCACCCUUGUUCCCAAGAAGAAAAAUCCCACAACUUUGAAAGAGUACAGGCUAGUUAGUAUGGUUGGCAGCCUUUAUAAAAUUUUAGCUAAAGUUUUAGCUAAUAGGCUACGGAAAGUCAUUGGAAAGGUUAUCAGCAUGACCCAAUCUGCUUUUCUAGAGGGAAGGCAGCUUAUUGAUAGUGUCUUAGCACUCAAUGAACUGGUGCAUGAUUUAAAAAGAAGGAAGGAAAUGGGCAUCUUGUUUAAGGUAGACUUUGAAAAAGCUUUUGACUCAGUUGACUGGGAUUACCUUGACUCUAUGCAGUCUUCCUUGGGGUUCGGAGACAAAUGGCGUGGGUGGAUUAAAGAGUGCUUAACUUCUGCAUUUGUUUCAAUUCUUGUUAAUGGGAGCCCCACGCAGGAAUUCAAAAUGCAAAAAGGGCUUAGGCAAGGUGACCCCCUUUCUCCUUACCUUUUUUUAAUAGCUGCUAAAGGUCUGCAUGCUCUUGUUCAUGAAGCUGUAAAGAAAAAUCUCCUUACUGGUAUAGCUGUUGAUAGAGAUUUAUCUGUUUCCCACCUCCAAUUUGCUUAUGACACUAUUCUCCUUGGGGAAGCUUCUCUUAAGUCAAUCAGAGCAUUCAAGUUUAUCCUUAGAUGGUUUAAAAUUAUCUCAGGGCUUAAAAUAAACUUCAGCAAAAGUACCUUGUAUGGUAUUAAUAUUGAGGAGAAUUGGCUUAAUAUGGCUGCCUCUACCCUUAAUUCAAAGUGUGGGCAGCUGCCUUUCCUUUACUUGGGACUCCCUGUUGGUGGCAACCCUCAUUGUCUCAGAUUCUGGAAACCAGUGGUUGAGAAGUUCCGGUCUAUGUUGGCAACCUGGAAGGGAAAGCUCUUAUCAUUUGGAGGAUGCAUCACAUUCCUCACGUCGGGAGGGCUUGGCAUCCCAAACCUUUCUAUUAGGAAUUCUGCUUUACUAGGAAAAUGGUGGAAUAAUUUUUAUGAUGCUGAAGGAAAUGAGAAAUUGUGGAAAAAAAUUAUUGUUAGAAAAUAUUAUGAUGGAGUUUCUUCUACUUCUAUUUCUAACAUUGCCUCUCCGAGCCUCUCUCCCUUUUGGAAGGAUAUCUUAUCUAUUGGCAGGGAUUGUGAUAGAGCUUUUGGGUGUUUUGAUGAUGGUUUUAUCCGUAAGCUUGGUGAUGGCUCAAACACUAGAUUUUGGAAGGAUGCUUGGAUGGGCAGCUCUCCGUUGAUGUUUUCUUACCCUCGCCUUUCUUGCCUUACAUUAAGCAAGGAUGCUCUGGUUGCCGAAUUGAAGCUGGGUAAUGCAGGUGGGUGGGCUUUUCAGUGGCGCAAACCUCCCUUCGAUAGAGAAUUGGAUGAGCUUGAGAGGCUUGAAGAUUCUCUCCGAAAUCUUAAUUUAUCAGAUUGAAGACUUGACAAGUUCAUUUGGAAGCACUGCUCAACAGGUUAUUCCUCCAAGCAAGCUUACAAAUUUCUUGAUGAUUUCCCUCCGUGCCUUGAUGAGAAAUGUUGCAAGGUGAUUUGGAAUCAGUUUAUGCCAUCAAAAAUUAGUGUUUUUGCAUGGCGCCUCUUCUUGAAUAGACUACCCACUAAAGA